CCUAUCUGUAUACAGUUUCGUAACCACCCAUGAUGUAUCGAAAAUAUUACGACUUUUAGAGCACAACGUACAACUCCGAUACACACAUAAAAACCCUCCCCUGAAAAUCCCCCAAAAGCUCACUGUUAUCCGGGGGAGUGAGGGAUUCGUGAAUGGACAAGUACAAGUGGAGUGCCCACGAGCUCUGAUUCAUUUCCACCAUCUGUUCUUUCGCUUUCUCUCUUGCUGUCAUCUGCUUUGGCUGGAUCCUGGCCGGAUUCCAUGGCUUCAAUCAUCGAAUCUGGUUGGACGUAUCUGAUCACAAAUUUCAGUGACUUUCAGCUGGCUUGCCUUGGAAGUUUUUUGCUUCAUGAAUCUGUUUUCUUCUUAUCUGGACUUCCUUUCAUUUACUUAGAAAGGGCAGGAUGGCUCAACAAGUACAAAAUUCAGAUGAAGAAUAACACCAAUGAAGCUCAAAAUAAAUGCAUCACUCGCUUACUAUUGUAUCAUUUUUGUGUCAAUCUCCCUGUUAUGAUUGCUUCAUAUCCUGUCUUCAGAUUCAUGGGAAUGCGAAGCAGUCUUCCAUUGCCAUCCUGGAAAGUAAUGUCUACACAGAUAAUAUUCUACUUCAUAGUAGAAGACUUUAUAUUUUACUGGGGACACAGAAUUUUACAUACCAAAUGGCUGUAUAAGCAUGUCCACAGUGUCCAUCAUGAGUAUGCAACGCCUUUUGGAUUGACUUCAGAAUAUGCACACCCUGCUGAAAUAUUAUUCCUUGGUUUUGCUACUAUUUUCGGUCCUGCCAUCACGGGCCCACAUCUCAUAACACUUUGGUUGUGGAUGGUGGUGAGAGUUCUUGAGACAGUUGAGGCACAUUGUGGUUAUCAUUUCCCGUGGAGCCCCUCAAACUUUCUUCCUUUAUACGGGGGUUCCGACUUUCACGACUAUCAUCACCGACUUAUCUACACCAAAUCAGGGAACUACUCGUCAACUUUUGUCUACAUGGACUGGUUAUUUGGCACGGACAGGGAGAAAAGUGAACACCAUUUCAUGAGUGGAUUUGUUGCAUAUGAACGAAUCGACCAUCGUCAGAAGGGAAGAAGGGAAAACAAUGGUGGGGUUAUUGGAGAUGAAGGGAUCGAAGCGAUUUCAACUCUCCAAUUCGGGCAUCUCAUCAAUUCCUCCCAAACAAUUGAACAACACGAUAUGAUGAAUAUGAAGAUAAUCAAAAUCGAUUCAUCCGAAUACAUUUUAGAUUUGUCACCAUCUUUGUUCAUUCCCUAA